AUGAGCCAGAACGAAACAAAGACCGACGAUCAGCUCAAGGCAGUCGAUAGCGUUCCCGGCUAUCUGGUUCUUUCCGAUGAAGAACGUCUCGCGCAACUCGGCCAUCAGCAGGAGCUGAAGCGGCAAUUCUCUUUGACAACCUUGGGAGCAUUAUGCCUAUGUCUUAUGGCAACAUGGGAAGCACUUUCCACUGUCAUUGCCCAAGCACUCCUGAAUGGCGGUGCGCCAUGCCUAUUCUACAACUUUGUUCUUUCCUUUCUGUGCUCUGUGUGCAUAGCAUCAUCUCUUGGCGAGAUCGCGUCCAUCUAUCCUACUGCCGGAGGCCAGUACCACUGGCCGAUCCUCGCCGCUUUCACGACUGGUUGGAUCUCCGUGGGCGGACUGAUUGUCUUCUGCGCAUCAGCAGCGUUUGCAGCCGGCCUGCAGACCCAGUCCUUGAUCGUCAUCAACGACGACUCCUACAUACCGGCACGAUGGCAGGGCAUGCUAUUUUACUGGGCUGUGCUCCUGUACUCAGCGGCGCUGAAUAUCUGGGGAUCAAAGAUGCUGCCCCACGCAAACAUGAUAUCAGGCAUUCUCCACGUUGUUGGUUUCAUAGUCAUACUGGUGGUCCUUGGCGUCAUGGCUCCCAAAAAUACUGCGUCGUUUGUCUUCACCGAAGUUGUCAACACCAGUGGCUGGGGAAACGAUGGUGUAUCGUGGCUCGUGGGCUUGAUUAGCGCGGUUUAUCCUUUCCUGGGAUACGACGCUGCUUGCCAUAUGGCUGAGGAAAUUCCCAAUGCCCCACGCAAUGUCCCCAUUGCUAUGGUCGGAAGUGUGACAGUAAAUGGCCUGAUGGGCCUCAUUUACUGCACAGUCCUUCUGUUCUCGACAGGACCACUGGAGUCUCUAUUGACUACACCAACUGGCUUCCCCUUUAUGCAGAUUUAUCUCGAUGUCACCAGAUCUCGGGCUGGAGCGACAGUGCUCUCGCUCCUAGUGAUCUCGAUCGCAAUUGCUGCAACAGUGAGCGGCAUUACCUCCGCUUCCCGCACCCUCUGGGCUUUCGCUCGAGACAGAGCUGUUCCAUUCGACUCGCAUUUCAGCUACGUUAACAAGAAUCUUCAGGUUCCAGUAACCUCUAUAGUGUUCGUUACUGUGGCUCAAAUUCUUCUUGGCUUUCUCUACUUGGCCAACACUACUGCUUUCAAUGCAGUCUUAUCUAUGGCGAUUAUCGGCAUCUAUCUCUCUUACAGUAUCCCUAUUGCUUAUAUGUUGUUCGUCGGUAGGAGCAAGCUUACGCGCAAGGAGUACGGACCUUUCAGAUUGGGCGCGGUUGUGGGGCCAGUCUUGAAUGCUAUCAGUCUUGUCUGGAUGACCGUCGUCAUCAUUUUUAGCACUUUCCCUUCAUCACAACCGGUCACUGCCCAGAAUAUGAACUACUCUACCGUGGUUAUGGCAGGUUGGUUGGUCUUCGGACUUGUGUACUACUUCAUCCGAGGCCGAGCGAAGUUUGAGGUUCCAGUUGUAGUUUCGGAUAUCGUUGAAGGAGUUAGGGAUAUUUAG